AUGUCCGAUUUCUAUGCCGCGGUCCGUGACUUUUUCUGCGACACACACAACUCACAAUCCCACCAGGAUGCAGUUGCUGAGAUCGCACAGAUUAUGGGCAACACUUUAAAGACCUGGGAGUGCAUGGUCAUGGGCCUCUUGGCCGUCGAUCUCGCCAUCACCCUCUACGGCAUCGAUGCUACGAUCUCCGACGCCGUCCUUCCCAUUUCCGACGAGAUCGCCCUCGUCGCCUUCACCGAACUCAUCAUUCUCGUUCAGCUCAUGCAGAUUCUGCUUCCUGUGUACCCGGCCGAAGAAUUUGAGAUGUUCGCCGUUCCCCAGAACUUCACCCAUCAGGGCGUCUGCAGAUGGGUCGCUGGUCUCUUUGGGCUGCAAGAAGCCGAGUUCCCUGGCCGCCGGCCAAAGUUUGAAGAGGUCGAUCCGAAGGCUUUCGGCGUGUUUCUCAUCCCCGUUUCCGCUGCUAUCUUGUGGAAGUGGCGGAGGGUUCGUCGACGCCAAAGAGAGAUGAGGAGAGAGGAGCAGGCGGCGCUGGUUGCGCGGGCUUUCCGAAUGUGGGAAGCACGGAGGCGCGACAAUUGA